CCCCUCCCUCCACAUAUAGGGGCCUGCACGGAGUCUGUCCUGUUGACACUUUGGCGAAAGCGGGAAGUGCAGCACAUGAGGACAGAGGACUAAUCCCUAAAAAUGCAACCUCAAAGCCUUGUCUUGACCUCCACCAUUCUCAGCAUGGCCAUCUGGUCUUGUCUAACCGAGGAGCCCACAGACAGAAACGUCUGUGUUGGGAUUCCAGGUUUACCAGGAAGAGAUGGAAAAGAAGGAAGAGAAGGAAGAGAUGGACCACCAGGCACCAAAGGAGACAAGGGAGAGAAAGGUGAAAGAGUGUUAGGUCCACCCGGGAAAGCUGGCCCUGCAGGUCAAAACGGGGCGAAAGGUGAACAAGGGCCUAAAGGAGAAAAGGGUCAAGUAGGACAAAAGGGUGACCCUGGAGCUGUUGGCAUGCCAGGGAGAAUUGGAGGCCAAGGCCCGCCUGGGAUCAAUGGACCAAAGGGGACGAAAGGGGACACGGGAUAUCCUGGACUCAAAGGACAGUCUGCUGACAUGCACCGCAUUGCACAACUGGAAGCAGAAAUUCAAGAUAUGAAGACCACGAUUUCCAGUCUUGAAAAACGUAUGCAGUUUACCGGCUGGAGCAAUUACGGUCAUAAGAGAUUUGGCACCAAAAACGACCAGCUAACAUUUGACGAGGGAGUGAAUUUCUGCAAGGAAGCCAGUGGAGAAAUUGCAAUGCCAGCAAAUGAAGGAGAGAACGCGGCCUUAAUGAGGAUCAUGCCAUCUUCUGGGGGCGUAUACCUCGGCCUGAACGACAGAGUGACAGAAGGCAGGUUUGAAGACGUCAGUGGGAAUGACGUGACAUUCACAAAUUGGAAGUCAGGGGAGCCCAAUAAUUACAGAGGGAAUGAGGACUGCGCUAUAAUAACAUCUGAUGGGACUUGGAAUGACGUUCUGUGUAGUCAAAGUUAUACCAUAAUUUGUCAGUUUCGGUAAAAUGGGAUGGAAGGAAGUCAGAUGUAGACGUAAGAUGUCUGCACGUUUGUUCAGAUAUUUGUUCAGCACACUCUCUGUACAGUGUGUCAUGAGUAUUCAAUGUCUUAUUUCACACAGAGCUAUGGCUGCUCUUAAUUGUGUUUAUACCUACAGCGUGUCGCACCCUCUUCUACAUUCUCGCACGUCACUGUGUCUGUGGCUACGCCUGCUUCAUCUGGUUUUCCUUCAUUCGUCUUUGACACUUUCAAGUCCACACUUGUGAUCCUUUUAGACUUUUUUCAAAUUUUUCAACAAAUUUUGUUUUUGCGAGACGGCCAUGUAAACGAAAUCAGCCGAUUAAAGGACAAAUCAAGAGAAUCAUUCAACAGAAGCUGAGGUCAAACACCAAAGCAGAGAUUGUUAAACUUUAUCUUUGGGGUUUAAAACAAGUUCAAAUUUGUUAAUAAAUUCUUGAUCGUAACCAGAAUAAAUCCUUAUUUUUGUUUUACUUU